UCUUGCCCACAAACAAGACCAACAUCGCGGAGCCAGGGCCAGGACAGCGCUUUUUCAACCACCUCAUCCCGCCGACUUCAACCAAAUCCGCCAAAAUGGUCAAGAAACGGGCGUCGAACGGACGUAACAAGAAGGGUCGCGGCCACGUCAAGCCAAUCCGAUGCUCCAACUGCUCGCGAUGCACUCCCAAGGACAAGGCCAUCAAGAGAUUCACCAUCCGUAACAUGGUCGAGUCUGCCGCCAUUCGUGAUAUCUCCGACGCAUCCGUCUUCGCUGAUUACGCCGUACCCAAGAUGUACUUGAAGCUCCAGUACUGCGUUUCCUGCGCCAUUCACGGAAAGAUUGUGCGUGUCCGCUCCCGAGAGGGCCGUCGCAACCGGGCUCCCCCCCCAAGAAUCCGGUACAACAGAGAUGGAAAGAAGAUGAGCCCAACCCAGGCCGCCAAGACUGCUCAGGUAUAGAUAUGAGUCUAGUCGAUAGGUGUGUUCGGGAGAACUGGUUGGGAUAAUGGGGUGUGGUGACGCUGCUGCUACUAUCAUGCCAAAUUUUUAUCUUUCACCUUUUUACUUCUUUCCUUUUUUAUAUUUUCUCUCUUCCGCUUUGUCUAUUUUUUUAAUUUUUUUUCCCUCUUGUUAAACGGUGUCAGGCAAAUAAAAACUGGGUUUUUAUAUAUCAACAUGGCUCCAAGGGGAAAAAACAAAGACGUGAAAAGGCGGAUGAAGAGAAGAAGGAGAAUAAGAAGGAAAACAAAAGAAAUGAGACAUGAAUGUGGGAAACGAUAAACGCCCUUAUUCCUCCUUUUAAGUGUUUUUGUCCCCGAGCCGUGCGGUUUUAGUGGACUCAUUUGAUACCUUUCUUUCUCUCUGCGCGUUUGGCGAACGAUGACACUUUGUUUUACUAACGUGAUUUGAAGAAGGAAAAAUGGGUAAAUGAGCACGGAGCGCAUAAUCAUACGCCGCGGAGGAAGUGAGCCUUCUGGGGAUGCGAGAAGAUAUCUAAAAAAUGCGAAAUGAAAAUAAAAAUGAUUUGACUUAUAAUAUAUGCAAAAAAAGUAUCAUUAUGUCAUAAGAUCCUUUGAUACGUAACACGCACAAGCUGUACGUGCACACGUUGGAAGGAAAAAAAAGUAAUAAUUCCUAGAAACUCAAGGAUACAAAUACCCCCUCUCAAAAUAAUUCCCAUAAAUAUCCACAAACCCACCACUCCGGCCCUUGGGCAUCGGGUUUCUCACAAUCUUCACUUCCCCCUUCCAAUAGCCCUCAACGUACAGCGGAUAAUUGAGUGAUGCACCUGACGAAGUCGUCGACGACGAUGAAGACGAUGACAUUGUUGAUCGUGGUAACGUCGGAGUU